AUUAAACAUAAAUUUAUUUUGAAGUCUGUCAAGUGAAAGAAAAAUCUCAGGACUGUAAUUGUGUAAUGGGAUGCCAAGCUUGGGAAAUUCGGUUCGACCAAUUGAGGUUAACGAAUUAAAUAAACCAGUUUCUACCAGUCCAGUAGAAAACAGAAGUUGCAGAGAUGUCGUUUUCCUUCUUAUAUUUCUAAUUGUUAUUGGAGGGAUGGGCUAUUGUUCUUAUGUUGGAUUAUAUUAUGGAGAUCCAUAUAGGCUAGUUUAUGGAGUGGAUAGCUGGGGAAAUGUUUGCAACAAGAAAAAUAUAAAAAUUCUAGAUGUACCACAUUCAGGGAGAGAUACACGUGGCAAAAGUAAACUGUUCUUUUUCGAUGAGACUGUACUGAGUAACUAUGUAAUUGGUCAAGCAAUCACGUAUAAUAAGCCAAGCGUAUGUGUGACGUCAUGUCCUAAUGUUGAUAUAUCAUCAUAUGAGAUGUUGAAGAACCACACCCAGCUCACAGGGAUAAAUUAUUGUGUGUAUGACUAUCCACUUAUUGGGAAUUCAUCGGAUGCUAGUAGUUGUACUGUGCUACCUAUUUCCAUACAGAAAUCCAUACUUUUUAGAUGCGUGCCUUCAACAGUUUCAGCUGCAUACGAUUUCUUAAUUGGUUUUAUUGACAAUCUCUUAAAUUCAAUCGAUGAAAAUUUUACGCAAAAAUGCGUUUCCGAUAUAGAGAAAACAUGGCGAGAAAUUUGUUAUUUAUGUGCUGUUGGAUUAGGUGUUUCAUUGGUUAUAGUCCAUUUAAUGAGAUUCAUUGCAGGAGUUAUCAUUUGGUUGUCAAUGUUUAUACUUGGAGCAGGCAGUGUUGGAGGUGCUGGUCUUUGUUGGUAUUAUUACUACCGUUUCAGAGAGGACUCAACAUCAACGAAAUGGUUAAUUGGCUCGAUAUGUGGAACAACUAUUAUGAUAAUAAUUUUGCUGAUAUUGCUGAUAAUGAGAAAAAGAAUAGGCUUGGUCGUAGAACUAUUCAAAGAAGCUGGAAAAGCAAUAAAAGAUAUGCCAUUGCUAAUUUUCCAACCUAUAUGGACUUUUGUUUGCUUAGUCCUUGAGUUGAUUUGUUUGGUAUUUUUCUUCAGCUACAUACUGACCGCCGAACAUCCAGUUGUCAAUAAUUCUGCAGGCUUUGUCAGUUUUGAAAAGCACGAAAUACUUAAGUAUUUGAAAUGGUACUACCUACUUGGAAGUAUAUGGAUACUACAGUUUACGUUAGCUUGUGACAACAUUGUAAUAUCUGGUGCUGUAAGUCAUUGGUAUUUUUCUAGAGACAAGUCUCUAGUUCGUUGCCCAAUAAUCAGAUCUUUAGGAAUUUUAUUACGGUAUCAUCUUGGAUCUGCAGCCCUUGGGUCCUUGAUCAUCACUAUUGUAUUUGCAUUCAGAGUAUUUGUCAAUUUUAUACAUAACAGGUUAAAGAAUAAAACCGGUUCUAUUGUUGAAUUCCUUUUAAAAUGCUUUGGUUGCUGUCUGUGGUGCUUUGAAAAAUUUAUCAGCUUUUUAAAUAGUAAUGCAUAUGUUGAAAUUGCUAUAACAGGUUAUGGAUUUUGUCAUUCAGCUAGACGUGCAUUUAAAAUAGUCGUCGGAAAUGCAUUACGAUUGGCAGCUAUAAACUCUGUUGGAAGUUUUACACUUUUUCUAGGAAAACUUGCUCCGUUAUCAGUUGUUAUAGUGUUAGGAUUGAAAUUAGUAGCGAAUCGAGGAGAUAUAUUUUAUCCGUGGUUUCCAAUAACUAUUUCAUGCAUUGCUGCGUUUAUGAUUGCAAGUUGUUUUAUGGGUAUAUAUGAGAAGUGUAUUGAUACAAUAUUUAUAUGUUUCUGUGAAGACCACGAACUUAAUGAUGGAGAACUAAAACCCUACUUUAUGAGUUUAGGAUUGAUGAAGUAUGUAAAGAGUCAAUCAAGUAAUAAUGUGGAACAUAUUGCGCAUAUUUAGUCCAUUCGGUUAGCUGUACCAAAGAUGUUCAAGAAAAUCUCAUGCUUAUCCAAAGCAACCUCUCGUUUGAUAUAACGGCGAACAUAUGCAUAAAGCAAAAUAAAAGAUAAUAUAUUUUGAUGAUAUGUAUUAGUUUUAUUUCAUUGAUAUAAGAAAAGACGUAUUCAAUAUUUCACAAGAUUACGGAAG